CGUUCCGCAGUAAUGUACCUGUAACGAAGUCACUUCAACGUCGACGGUAGUGCUGCGUACGCGUCGGAGAACUCCAGUGCAUUGCGCGCAAAACGUUUUAUACGCGCGUGACAUUAUUAUAGGUACGUACCAAAGCCCGUUGCUAUUUAUCAACACGUAAACGUAUACCUACGUGUUUACACACGGACCGCGGUCGACGUUGUAGCCGGUGGUCGCCAUCGUUUUGUUCUCGUGUUUUCCGCGGUUGUGCGAAUCGUUCGAACCGCGGUUGUUUGCGUUACCGAUCCGUUUUUGCGCGGUGUACGCGAAUAACGUACCCAAUACUUUGUAACGCAUACUCAUCACCGGUGUUGCAAAGAAGAAGGGCCUAGAAGAAGGGUACAAUAGUCAACUGCUCCCGUCGACGACUUGUGUGUGUAUUCGGAUUAUUCUUUACUGGAUAAUGCCAAAAACUUGGAAUGGUGGAUCUGAACCCGGCUAAGGAACCAAUGUUAGAAGAUGGUCGGACAGCCCUGCACUAUGCCUCGUCGAUGGGCGACUGCAGUUCCGUUGCCGAAUUACUGGCCACUGGAUCUGUGGAUGUUAACGCGCGAGACGCCGUCGGUUAUUCGGCCGUGCAGAUCGCCGCGGCCGAAGGUCAUCUGGACGUGUUGCGACUGCUGCUACGACACAAUGCCGACGUCAAUUUACACGACACCUUGCACGGUAAUACGGCAUUGCAUGAAGCCAGCUGGAAGGGUUACAGCAAAACGGUGGCGUUGCUCGCAUCUUCCGGCAGUGAUUUGAACCGCAAAAAUUACGGAGGGUCAUCAGCGUUGCAUCUGUGUUGCCAGAACGGACACAAUCAAAGCUGUCGGGAACUUCUACUUGCCGGAUGCGACCCAGAUGUCCAAAAUAACUAUGGUGACACUCCUCUUCACACUAGUGCCCGGUAUGGACAUGCUGGAGUACUAAGAAUACUAAUAAGUGCUAAAGCAAAAGUUUCUGAACAAAAUAAAAAUGGUGAUACGGUUCUACAUAUUGCCGCAGCUAUGGCCAGGAAGAAAUUAACUAAAAUUAUUUUACAAGCAAAAUGUGAUACUGCAUUAAAAAAUAAGCAAAAUGAAACGGCCAGUGACAUAGCAGAACGCAAAAAUUUGACUGAUAUUUUAGAAAUUUUAAAGGAUCCAAUGUACAAAAAAAAAAGUAGCAGUUCUAAAAUAAAAAAAGAUUCAAAAGAAAGUAAAAAGCGAAUCGAUACAAGUAUUAAAAAACAAUGGUCUCCAUAUGGUUGUCAUUAUUUCCCGGAUACCAAAGAGUUCCCAAAACCAAAAUUGAACUCUUUGCCUGAAGAUCCACUGCACGCAGGUGAACAAUACUAUCUUGAUUUGGCUGGAAACAUUAGAAAAGGACCAAUUGGCGUGGGUUACACUUGUUAUUGUGCACCGUUUUUCAAAGAAUUAGAAGCUCGAUUAGAUCAUAAUACAAAAAAAUUAAAACGGCAAAUUUGUCGAACCGAAGACAAUAUCAACCGAAGAUUAUGUUCUGUAGAAAAACAACUAAAACGAUCAAAUGAAAAGCUUCAACAGGUGACCGAAGAGGUGAGCGACGACAGCGAGUUGGAGAACCGGUUUCGAACUGAAUGUGCUAUUGAUACUACGGUCAUGGACCCAAACUUGCGAUGGCGACUGGAUUAUCUGACAGCUCGGCGUCAUGAUGAUAUACCGUGUAAUGAUUCUGGUUACAGUACCAAAAUGUUUAGCAACUCGCAAGGCCCGUCGCCUUCAUUAUCUAAUCUAAUGGAAAAUAGUUCAGAACCUGUCAUAGAUAGUAGUAAAAUGCCAAAAUCAUUAAGUGUAUUACCGGACAAUAACAACAUGGAAAGUAUCGUUUGACAAAAAUGUGCCAAAGUUAUCCAUAAACUAUUCAUUUAUAAAAGUUAUUACAUAAGAAAUUAUUUACAUUUUUGUACCUGUAUAUUUGGAACUGUGCAAUACCUAUACAUUUUAUUUUGUUAAUUUAUUAUUUAUGUAUGUGAGAUGUUAAUAAAAUUAU